AUGGCAGCUGGAGGAAGGGAUGAUCGCCGACGACGUAUGCUCAACGACGGGACGCGGAACGCCGGCGGCGUCGCCGACGGGCCAACCGGCCCGGACUCGGCUGACACUCCCCCUGUAAAGAAACGCCGGUUUGCGCCGGACGCGGCGAGCCCCAGUUUAGCCGUUGCUCGGGGCGUGCUCCCAACUAAGGGCGCGUCGCUGGCUGGCGCGAUCGCGUUGGGCCUAGCCGCCAGCGGCGGCGUGGUUGCGGCUCAGUACUUCCACGCGUCGCUCCCGUCCGCUUUUGCAAGCAUGAUCGGUGGAUCUUCGCCGGCUUCGAUCGGCGGCUGGUUUGCCGGAGCCCUGCUGCUGGCGCUGGGCGGGAUGUGCGGUGUGAUCUACGGCCUCCGGUCGAAUCGCACGGACGACGUCCGCGGGCGGUACCGGUGGUGGGCAGUUGCGGCCUGCGCGGCGGUGACGCUCAGCGCCGCCUACUCGGUAGGCCUGGGCUCGGCCCUUGCGCAGCAGCUCAGCACGCUCACCGGGUUCGCCCCGUUGGGAGGCGCCGGCUGGUGGAUGACCGGGUUGGUGAUCGCCGCUGGGGUGAUCGGUUUCCGUCCGGCUGCUGACGUUGUCGAGAGUCCGCUAUCGCUAUCGCUCGCCGUACUGGCCGUGGUUGGCGUGAUUGUCUCGUGGUGUGGGGCGACGGGCGCUCUCCCCGCCGGCGUGUCUGAGCACGCCGGGUUGUUCGAGGUCGGCGGGCUGCUCUGCGGGCUAGUUCUCGGGCUGGGGGCCCAGCUGGCCUACGUCCGCCGCGUGCUGCUGGAGACCGACGGCGUCAUCAACGCUCCGGUCAAGAAGCCCAAGCCGGUCAAGGCCGCCAAACCGCGUGCCGACGAGGUCAAGGAAGAGAAAUCGGCCCCCAGUCCGGCGCCGAAGACCGUGAAGUUCGAACGUCCGACAGUGCAGUCUGAUUCUGAGGCGGACGAAGAGGAGACCGACUCGCGUUCCGCCCGCCGCGCGGCCCGCCGCAAUUCGGCGCCGACGCCGGCGGCCUCUAGCGAGUCCCGCUGGACUGACGGCUCUGAGGGCGACGCCGAGUACGAAGACGACGAUGCUCCACGGCGCAAGCUCUCCAAGGCCGAACGCAAGCGGCUGCGGCCCGCUACCGCUAUGACUGUCCGCACCCGUUUCGCGCCGAGCCCAACCGGCUACCUCCACAUUGGCGGCGUCCGCACCGCGCUGUUCAACUGGCUCUUCGCCCGCAAGCACGGGGGUCAGUUCCUGCUGCGGAUCGACGACACCGACCAGCAACGCAACGUGGAGGAAGCCCUGGCGCCCAUCCUGCACGGCUUCCGCUGGCUGGGGCUCGACUGGGACGAGGGCCCCGAGUCGGACGGCGAGUUCGGCCCGUACUACCAGUCGCAGCGUGGCGAUCGCUACCAGGCCGCGGUCGAUCAGCUGCUUGCCCAGGGCGACGCCUACCGCGACUACGCCAAGCCGGAAGAGCUGCAGGCCGAGCGUGAGGCCGCCCAGCAGGCGGGCGGGUCGUUUACGUACAGCCGGAGCUGGAUGGCGGAAACGCCGGAGCAGGCCGCCGCGUUCGAGGCCGAGGGCCGCCAGGGAGUGGUGCGUUUGAGAAUGCCCCGUGAGGGCGAGCUGGUGCUGCAGGACUUAGUGCGCGGCGAGGUCCGCUUCGCCUGGGCGCGGGAGCAGGACCACGUGAUUCAACGGGCGGACGGCUCCUGCCUGUACCACCUGGCGACGGUCGUUGACGACCACCAGAUGCAGAUCUCGCAUGUGAUCCGCGCGGAGGAGCACCUGUCCAACACGCCGCGUCAGGCGUUCAUCGCCGAACGGCUCAGUUACCCGUUGCCCGAGUUCGCCCACCUCCCGUUCGUCGCCGAGCCGGGCAGCAAGACCAAGCUGAGCAAACGCAAGCUCGACAAGUACCUCAAGAACCGCGAUUUCGCCGCGCUGAACCAGCACGGGCUGCACGUUGCCGAGCUGCUCGGGCUGGAGACCGCGGCCGAGACCUUUAACCCGGUGAUCGUCGACUUCUACGAGCAGGUUGGCUACCUGCCAGACGCUAUUCUCAACUACCUGCUAUUGCUUGGGUGGUCGCUGGAUGAUUCGCGCGAGGAGUUCACUCGCGAGGAGAUGAUUGAGUGCUUCGACCUGACCGGCGUGAACAAGGCGCCGGCAAGCUUCGACCCGAGCAAGCUGCAGGCGUUCCAGGAUCGGGCGAUGCAGCAGCUCCCGCUGAAGCAGAAGUCCGCCUGGUGCGUCGACUUCCUCAAGCGGGCCGGCUACUUGGAGUCUCCCCCACCUUGUGAGGCCGGCCCCUACGUGACGGCGAUCGUUGAGGCAGCCGGCGACCGGAUCAAGACCGCGGGCGACAUCCUCGAUUACCAAGAGUUCUUUGUCGCGGAUGACGAGCUGCAGUACGACGAGAAGGCCUUUGCAAAGCGGAUCUCGAAACCGGAGGAGGCCGCCGAACUGCUGCGGAAGUUUGGCGAGCGGUUGGCGGGCCUUGAGCCGUUCACUACGGAGUCGACCGAAGCCUGCCUGCAGUCGCUUCUCGAGGCCGAAGGGGUGAAGAUUGGCCAGGUGAUCCACGCGAUACGGGUCGCGGUGACCGGCAAGGCGGUAGGCUUCGGCGUCUACGAGACGCUCGCCAUUCUCGGCCGCGACCGCUGCCUGGCAAGGAUCGAACGGGCGUUGUCGGUGGCGGGGUGA